AUCCCCGUUCCCGACAAGUGUUGUACCCACAACCGUCUCCGACCCCUCCCUCUCCGGUCUUAACCACCCUUCAUCCCCCGCCAAAUGCCGCUCUUCCCGCCACCUUACUCGGACGCAUUCGAAGAACAAGUCAAAAUCAAAUUCCCCUUCCUCUUCCCCCAUCUCCUUCCCCUCCCUCCCAAUUCCCCAAACCCUAGCGAGCUCGGAGCUCCCUCCCCAUGGCGAUCCCCCCUCUCCAACCCGGCGUCCUCCUCCGCCUCCUCCACGGCACCUCCAUCCCCUUCGUCGCCGCCGCCGACGGUCCCGAUCCAUCUCCGCCGCUUCUCCAGGUCACCGGCAUCACCCCUGCCCUCUCCGGCCCCGGUCCCGAUCCCGACCCCUUCUCCCCUCGCCGCGGCUUCCUCCUCCGCCUCUCCGACUCCUCCCACUCCUGCAUCGUCUCCCUCCCCUCCGACCACUCCGACCUCGUCCUCUCCGAUCGCCUCCGCCUCGGCAACCUCCUCCGCAUCCUCCGCCUCGACCCCCCCUCUCCCUCCUCCCCCUCCGCCGCUCCCGUUCUCCGCGAUUUCCGCCUCCUCCCCGGCCCCCUCCCCUUCGUCCCCUCCGCCGCCCCCGACUCCCCCUCCGACAUCAAGGAGGUGAUCGUGUCCUCUUCCGCGACAUCGCCUAUGAACAAUGGAAGGGCGAAGAGGAGGGGAAUCAAUAGGGGGAGCUCCGACGUGUUGAGCGAGCUGAGGAAGAUCAGCAUCGCCUGCGGGGUGGGCGAUGAGGAGGAGAGCAGCGAUUCUGAUGAGUCGAGGUUGUCCUUCGCAUCGUCUUCCUUCUCGUCCUCUCGAUCUCCGUCGACCUGCGUUGCGAGUGCCCCCAUGUCCACCGUGCGGAAAAGCUGGGAUGCUUCCGGAAGGAGCAAGGAGAGAAGGCCCCUCCUACGCACUCAGAGUGCUAGUGUUUCUCCAAAUAGAUUAGCUCAAUAUGGUUCCGCCACAUCCAAGAAUAAUGCUGUGAAUGACCUGUUAGUUAGCAAAAAAGAAGCUGAGAGGGCUUUCAAGGUACUGGGUGGUUAUUCCAAUAAGCCGCUUUAUGCUUCCAAUAGGAUGGCCAAGGAGAGCUCUUGCACUGCUGAUCCUUUCUCUUUCACAAAUAACAUGAAAUUGCGAGAGAAUAGCGUGGUUUGGGCAUCGCUUCCUUUGACAUUAGUGAAGCUUGGGAAGGAGGCCUUAAGACAAAGAGAUUCGGCUCUGCAAGCCGCUUUGAAUGCAUUGCUUGAGGCAUCUGCCUCAGAGAAAUUGAUUCAAUGCUUGAGUGUGUAUGCAGAACUACAAUCGGACAAAGAUGAGGAUCCAAGAAGUGUCAUUGAGAGGUUUCUGAAAUUCCAUCAAGACCUAGAUCAGGCUAUCUCAAUUAUUCAGUCGAUAACAAAGCCGAGACAAUCUAGAGCUUGCAGUUGCAACUCAACUGGCUUAGCUUCAGCCAAAGCUGCUGCUAAAGCUGCUUUCCGGAGAAAAGAAUGUGCUUUCUCAUGGAUCAAAGCCACCCUCGACUCCGAUCUUUCACAAUUCCCUUACCAAAUGAAGGAUACUUCUAAACCAAAAGAGUCAUCUCUGACUAGUGAUAACUUUCUAGUUCCUUUAACUUGUUGUCAAAAGCCAAAAUGCUCUUGCAUGGAAAGAAAAAGAAAGAACAGCAAUAUUUCUGGCGAGGGACGAGGCUCAACGGCAGCGACAGACUUGGCAAAUUCACUGAGGACCGAAUGUAACAGAUGGUUUCUUAAAUACAUCGAGAAGUUUUUAGAUGCUGUUGAGAGCAAAAGCAGCUAUGCUCCGUGCAAGUCCCAGGUCGCUAGUCUGCUAUGUCAGCUGAAGAGAGUAGAUGGCUUCCUGAACGACAUAUCAAAGAAGGAGCGGAGCUGCUUUAAUGAUAGAAGGAGAGAGAGCAGCUUAUGGGAAGACGAAGAGAAUGAAGCGUGUGAGAGAGUGAGGAAAAAGAUAUACCCUGUCCUUCUAAGGCAUGUAGAAAGUGCCGCCAUCGCCCUUGAAUGCAUGAGCGCGACUGAUGAAGAGAAAGAGCAGGAAUAGUUGAUAAUUCAGAUAUUUUCUGAAGGUUUUAGAUUGAUUCUGAUCUUAGUGUAGAAGUCUGUAACUUAGUGAUCUUUGGCAAUGUUCAUUGUAUGUUCUGUCGCCUUAGUAUAUAUUGUAACUACAUGUAAAGUUGUGUCAAGUUAGUCUCAUUAUUUAAUGCUGAUUCGUUAAUUCA